AUGGACGACGAUUCAAUGCCGCGAGGAGAGAUAAUUGGGGUUGUGAUUGGGGCCGUUGCCCUGUUUUCGCUGAUCAGCGUGAUUCCGGUUACCAUCAUGUGGUAUCAUCGACGUCGUGCAGCAGCGCACGCAAUGAGUGAGACCCAGGUGGUUCCGCCCAUCUAUCAGGUACCGAUGCAGAAUGUCCUGGGCCAACCUGUCUCCGUCGACCGCUGGUUGGAAGAGCAAAACGUUCCGGCCCAUGCCCAGCAAUAUGGCCAAGAUACUUGUUCAAUCUGCCUCUGUCCCCUGGCGUCAUCCCCAUACCUCACCUGUCCCGACCCUGCCGUUCUAGCCCACGCGCAUAAUCACCCACCCUGCACAUGCGGGGCACACCAUGCUCCACCAGAGCAGGUCCUUGUCCUCAAUCGCUGCAAGCACGCCUUUCAUCUCGAGUGCCUCAAGUCUUGGUUCGAGUACCGUCGGUACAAGUGCCCGAUCUGCCAAGCUUCGUAUUCGCCAGACGAGGCACGAGGAUAA